AUGAUUCCAGUGUUACUCAUUUUAAGUGUCCUAGGCGGUGUGAUUGAAGCCGCACUCCGGAUAUUUGGCGGUAGAGAUGCAGAUCCAAUGGAAUACCCAUACGUUGUCAGACUAGGAAUAAAAUAUUCUUUAAACCAACUUGACGCAUAUUUCGAACAUUUCCAAUUCCUUUGUACUGCAUCAGUGCUAACUCCUGUUUGGACGCUCACAGCGGGACACUGCGUUGAUGAUGCUGUUUUAACCUUUUUGCAAUCUUCAUAUCCCACAGCAUCUUUGAAAUACGUCAUAAUGUAUGGAUCAGCAACAGCACACCGUUCGACAACCGACAAUUUCAGUGACAUCGUUGCGACUGUUAAGCACCCGUCUUAUAAUUCAAUGGCCUUACAGCUUGGUGCAUCAGGAUCUAACGACGUUGCACUAGCAAAGACUACGUCGACAAAAUUGACCAAGUACGCAAAGCUGAGUGCGGUUGAGUACCCUUCUCUGGUGGGGCAAGCGGCCAUCGCAGUUGGAUAUGGGAUCACAUUUGAAGGAGACCAAGUGGACCACACUUUACAACUUGGUAAAACGUUGCAAGUAUUGGACGUAAUGAUAGGGACAUGCGCCAAAGAUUUUCGCAAAAAUUCUUUAUCUCCCAUCAUAUGCUUGAGCAGACUUUGCAGUCAACCCGCUACAAUACUCUGUCGUGGUGACUCCGGGGGACCCCUGCUGCAUGACUCAGGAGUUGUUGGAAUCAACCAUAUGGUUGAAUCAGAUGAAUGUACACUGCGAUCCGCAAAUUCAGGACUCGUGAAAAGUAGUACUGUCGGGAUCAACGUACCGAUCAGUCCCUAUGUUGGAUGGAUAUCUAAUCAAAUACGAGAAAAGGAAGAAUCCCACUAG